CCACUGAUUAAGAUAAUGAAUGAAGCGCCAGUACAAAUUCAUUACUCAGGGAACUCGCAAAAGCAAAAAGUGUUAUCGCAGCGUUUUAAACACACGAACUAAGUUCGCUUCUCGCAACUUUCCCACUUCGCCUGUAUAAAAUGGAUGAAAAAAUUAAAAAUAGGAAACCGGCGACCACAAUUUUACCGGAUAGAGUUGGUGACAAGCCAUCUUGGCAGUCGAGCAACGAAGGAGUUCACGAAAGAGUGAACUUUGAUGAUACCCUCUGGGGGUUUGAGUUGGCUGGGGGCGCAUACUAUGAUACCCCGUUGCGGGUCGUUAAGGUGAAACACAACAGCCGAGCAAUGUUCGCCGGGAUCAAAGUGGGGGACGUUCUGCAAACCAUCAAUGAUAUCAACACCUUUACUCUAACGGUCCAAGAGGCCCACGACAUGAUACUAGACUCGGGCAUAGAAAUCAAGCUGUCUUUCUAUGCGCCAGAUGUGCUAGAGACGAUGCAUUCUGUUUACCAGGAUGAAAUUAACAACGACAAAACCGAACCUAAAGAAUUUCACUAUUUUGAGGAACCUGUGCGUGAUUUGUCAUACAAACAUGUUAGAGCUAAUCAAGCUUGGAGCAUAAUUUGGCCGUGCAAUAAGAAAAGGGACAUUUUGUAUAAGGAGUCCAACUGUUUCUUGGUGCCCAGUGCUUAUGAAAGAAAACACAAGGAACGGUUAUUAAAAAAUCCGGCGCCGGAGAGCAACGGGUCUGUUUGAGUAGGUUUUAUGAAUUUAUCGACUUUUCAACUUAGUCAAACAACAUCACUAUUUUUCAUUGUCUAGUAGAGCCAAAGGUUUCUUUUAUUAGACACGUACAUUAUAUGAGAGAAUAUGAGCCGUCAAUAGCAUCUGAAGUAUAUUUAAUAGUGCCCACGCUAUACUAGAAACAAAACUGUUAAGUAUUUAGUAGAAGUCUAAUCAUUCAUUUUCUUUUCAUUAAGCAGAACUUAAGUUACUAUUGCCGAAUUUUCUUAAAAACUUUUAAGUUUGUCAUCAUUAGUUUUAAUACCGUACCGCAUAACAAGCAGAAUAAAGAA